AAAAUACAGAAAAGGCCAUAAAGUGAGGAGACUCCGGUGAGUAAAAGUCGCCGGCGAAAGGGUGCCUGGACUCUCGAGCCUCCUGCUGUCAUGCAUUACUCUCUCAUCGCAUAUAACAAUUUGAUCUGAAUCCCUCUCUCUCUCUCUCUCUCUCUCUCUCUCUUCAAUCGACGAUCACAGCUUCCUACUGAGGAGGAUGUCUAUGAUCCGGUGAAAAGGAUUCGUCGCGGUGGUGGUGGUGGAUUGGAUGGGAGUAUGGCGGAACCACCUUCGUCGCCGAGCUUGGAAGAGAACAAGAUUUGGAAAGGGGUUUUCGCGGUGGUCGGAAUCAUGUCCACUCUCCUUGUCUACGGCGUCUUACAGGAAAAGAUCAUGAGGGUUCCAUAUGGAGAAAACAAAGAGUACUUUAGGUACUCUCUAUUUCUUGUUUUCUGCAAUCGACUUAUGACAUCAGCAGUCUCCGCAGGCGCUCUACUGGCAAGUAAGAAAGCAUUGGACCCUGUUGCUCCAGUUUAUAAGUAUUGCCUUGUAUCAGUAUCAAACAUACUUACUACGACAUGUCAGUAUGAGGCACUUAAAUAUGUCAGCUUUCCAGUUCAGACACUUGCAAAAUGUGCCAAAAUGAUACCUGUGAUGCUUUGGAGCACUUUCAUUAUGCAGAAGGUAUACAAGGCGCCGGACUAUCUACUGGCUUUUCUAGUGAUGCUUGGUUGUGCAUUAUUUAUUCUGUACCCGGCAGCCGGUGAUGUAAGUCCGUAUAAUAGAGGAAGGGACAGCACAGUUUGGGGUGUUUCGCUGAUGCUUGGUUAUCUCGGGUUUGAUGGAUUUACGAGUACUUUCCAGGAUAAACUAUUUAAAGGCUACAAUAUGGAAAUACACAAUCAAAUUUUCUACACAACAUUGUGUUCUUGUGUACUCAGCUUGACUGGUUUAAUAGUACAGGGGCAUCUUCUUAUGGCUAUAGAUUUUGUUGCUCACCAUAAUGAUUGUUUCUUCGACAUCGCGCUGCUAUCCACUGUAGCAACUAUUAGUCAAUUCUUCAUUUCUUACACAAUUCGCACGUUUGGUGCACUCACAUUUGCCACCAUUAUGACCACAAGACAGUUGGUGAGCAUUCUGCUAUCGUGCGUUUGGUUUGCUCAUCCACUCAGCUGGGAACAGUGCAUUGGAGCUGUUAUUGUUUUCGGCUCCCUUUAUGCGAAGAGCUUCUUGAGAAGUAAACCUCAGAAACCUUCAUCAGCGGAAAAUUUUGAAAAUGGAGAAUCUAGUCCCCUCAAGGGGAACCCCUGAGAAGGGAUGUUCUUGUUCCUGCUCCGUUUAUCUGCCACAGAAGUUAACUAUAGACUAACUAAAGCCAGGAAGAUCCAGAUUUUGUUUGGUUUAUUUUUGUUCUAUAUCAUUUUGCUUUUGUUUUUGUUUUCGUUUUAUGCCAGCAUAAAAUUUGAAUGUGGGAUUUUGUUUCAGUGUACUAGUCAUUUCUUUGAUUCGGUAGAAAGGUUUAAGAAAUAACUGUUCGCUUCAUGUCUUUUAUUCCAUUUUCUUGUUUCUUCA